UGGGUUAGGUUAGUCGUGUCGUGUCGACCGCGUGGUGUGUUCACUGUGUCUUUUAUUCCGAGCUCGUCGUCGAGCAGAAGCUGGUAGGAGCAACGUGUCCUGAAUGGUAUGAUGCUAAGUGCAACGGUGAUAAAGCGUCGUUCUGGUAUCUGCAUUAACGUGGACAGCGAUUUCGCGGAAAAACUGCUGGAGCGUAGACUGAGGAAACGAGAGGAAACUGAAGAGAUCAACGAAAGAGCUGACGUUAAUUUUGACGAGAUAUCUCAAGAGAAUAUUGUACAAAGCAAACAAAAGAUGAAGGAAAGAAAGCGGACAUUGAAUGAAGCCAGUAACGACGAUAGUCCCAAACACACAACUAAUGAGAUGCCUCAAGAGAAUAUUGUACAAAGCAAACGAAAGAAGGAGAAAAGAAAAGGGACAUUAAAUGAAGCCAGUUAUUCAAACGACGUUACUCAAAAAACUAACGAGAUAUCUCAAGAGAAUAUUGUACAAAGCAAACAAAAGAAUAAGGAAGGAAAACGGACAUUGAAUAAAGCCAGUAACGACGAUAAUCACAACACUGACGAGGUAUCUCAAGAGAAUAUUGUACAAAGGAAACGAAAAAAAAGAAACAUUGAACGGACAUUGAACGAAGACAAUGGCGACGAUACUGAUAUUUCAAAGGAGGCUGCAGAGAAUGUAAAGAGUACGAAAGAGUUAUCCAAAAGGCAGUUGAAAAAACAGAAAGUUCUUCAGGAAGAAACUAAAAAGAGGAAAUCUCAAAAAUCGAAUGCCAAGCAAAAGGCAUUAAGCUAUUUAUCCACGUGGAAAUAUUCUAGAAACGAAUGGAAGUUCGAGAAGCUCAAGCAGAUCUGGCUGAUGAAUAAUUUGUUGAAUGAGGAUGCCAUCCCUGACUCUCUUUUCCCCGUCGUUCUGGAGUACUUCGAGGGUUGCAAAGGCAAGGCACGUGAAGGGUUGCUGAGCAAAGGAAUGGAAGUCAUAAGGAAAGCUGAGAUGGAAUUGGACGAGGAUAAGAAAGAGGAGAUUAUGAAGUCGAUUGCUUAUAGGAGAGCGAGGCAACUUUUGCAAACUUUACACUGAAAUAUAAUAAUACUCGACCGUGCGCGCUGCCGACCGAUUGUAGUUUUAACUUCCAAAAAAUUUCAAGAGAAAACCGACACUGAAAUAUAACAAUACGCAUGUGUGGAAGCAAUAGUGGGGAUUGUACGGUCUCUCCACUACAGUAGUGAAAAGCGUGUAUUAAAAGGAGAUAAGAAAAAA